AUGUUACGUUCGAGAGUGCUUAAUUUCUGGCUGGUGGGCUCAGUGAUAGUUGCUCGCGGAAGAUCGCUGGACACCGAGAUUUCGACAGUGGAAGAAGUUCUGAAGAAAGGUGUACAAGGUUUUUUAGACAUUUUCGAAAUUCCAGCUCGAUGGCGGUUCCCGUCAGAGAAUGAGCAGCCUUGUGACACGCCGACCGGGGAUAUCGGCAGAUGCAUCAGCAUCCGAAGGUGCCAUGGAUUACUGAAAAUUCGGGACAUCGAGUUCCUUCGAAGCUUUAUAUGCGGCUUCGAGGCCGGAACACCGCUUCUCUGCUGUCCACCCGGCUACCGUAGGACGAAUUCAACGAUUCCUAUGGCCCAGGAGCCUCAGCGAAUCCCCGUAUUCCCAGAUCAGGGCACGAGUGUCGUGUAUCCACCCGAUAGACCCUUUGAACCGCAACGGCCCCGCCCUGUCGUCGCCUUGCCCCACCACACCCCGCCGCCGCCACAGCGAUUGAAGAAGCCUCCUUUUCCCCACGGCGUCCAUCCUCCGAGAACAACCACAACAACCACGACUCCGAAACCGAAACCUCGGCCAGCUCUGGCCGGUUUCAACGGUAGACCUAUACAGCCGAAAUUCCUCCCGACAUCCUGUGGAUUUUCGAAUGUCAGUUUGAGUCGCGUCGUGGGCGGCAGUGAAGCGCACCCUGGGGCUUGGCCGUGGAUGGCGGCCAUUUUCGUGCGGAAUAGAGGUACUUUCAUACAAGCUUGUGGAGGGGCUCUCGUAUCGCAUCGGCACGUGGUCACAGCGGCUCACUGCUUCGGCGGCGGAAACAGGCCCCAAACACUCCAUCCGAGUGUCUUCGUCGUGCGAUUAGGGGACCACAACAUCGCCGAAGUCAGUGAGCUCCCCAAAGGGAGCACGAUUGACGUAGCCGUGGAAAGGGUCAAGAGACAUCCAGCGUUCAAUCCCCGCUCGUACCUCAAUGAUAUCGGCCUGCUUUACCUAGCCGCGGACGCGCCUUUCACGCGUUACAUACAUCCGGUGUGCUUGCCCUUCAAAGCUGUCCCGGAUGACAUUACCGGGGAGCACGCGUUCGUCACUGGAUGGGGCUACACGAAAUACGAGGGUCGGGGGAGCAACGUUCUCAAGCAAGCCCUCAUCAGGAUUUGGAGCCAAGAAGAAUGUGCCAAAGCGUUCCAGAAAGAAGUACAAAUUACGCAGGAGUAUUUGUGCGCAGGAGAUGGGCAAGGCCUCCAGGACUCUUGUCAGGGAGAUUCAGGAGGACCGCUGGUUUAUUUUGAUGAUGAUCGCUUCUACCUGAUCGGAGUAGUGUCUUUCGGGAAACGAUGCGCAACUCCAGGUUAUCCGGGCGCCUACACUAGGAUCACGAAGUACCUCGAGUGGCUGAGAGACAAUUUUUAA